AUGAAAAAGAGAAAUUAGAAACUAUGUAUGUAAUUCAAAUAAUAAAUUAAGCUGAUUUAUGUGUCACAUCAAAAGUGCUUUGUGCAAAAUUUGGAACCUACACUAAGAAAUUAAUAGCUGGUGGAGAUGAAAAGAAUUGUGUUCAAAUCUGGUAAAUUGGAAAUCAAAAACCAAUUGCUGUAUUUCAAUGAUAAAUUGCUAGACAUUAAGUUCAUAAAAUAAUUCUAAUGCUUAAGUUGAAGUUGCUAGUGUGAAUUUUAGCUUUUGUGAAACUGAAUUAUUCUCAGGAUCUAAUAGAGGGAUCAUCAAUAUCUGGGAUGUUGAAAGCCAAAAAUGUAAAUCAUAUUCAUUCAUAUAGAAAUUUAAACACUUAAAGGACAUACUACUUGUGUUAAUACACUUUGUAUUUAUCCAACUGAAGAAAAUAAGCAUCUACUCCUAAGCGGAGCCUAUGACACUUCAAUCAAAUUAUGGGAUUUGAGGACCAAAACUGCAGUCAAUCAAUUCAAAGGCCAUAGCAUGUAAAUCAAUGCUUUGGCAGUCUCUCCAAAUUGUAAGCUAUUGGCAUCAGGUUCAAACGAUGGAUAAGUUAAAAUUUGGGAUAUUGCAUAAGCAAAAAUAAUAGCAUCUUUUACCUAACAUGAUAGUCAAAUAACAUGUCUAAGUUUCAAUCCUGUUGAUAAAGCAUUGGCUUCAGGUGGAGGAGAUAGAUGUGUCAGAUAUUGGGACUUAGAUCGAUUAAAUUAAGUAAUUUGAUCUUUUUGAUAAAUUAGAUAUCAUCUACUAGAACUGACACAACUCCAAUUUAAUCCAUAUUAUUUGAAUAAAAUGGAAAAGCAUUAUAUUCUGCAGCUUACGAUUCACUAAAAGUUUGGGAUGUAGAACAUGAUUGUUAACUUUUGGAUAAUGUAGAGAGCAGUUGGAGAGGAGUCCUAGACUUGAUAGUAGUUCAAGAAAAAGAUCAGUUAUUGGGACUUGCAUCUAAUGUGCAAACUGGAUUUACUCUUCAUGGAGUCAAUCUCAAAACCAUUUGCUAAGAUCCAAAAAGUAUUGAUGUUAGAUCUAGUGGAGGUGGUGCUUCUAUCAAACGAGGUAGGACACCUGACAAAAGAUCUGAAAUCUAAACUGCGAAUCCGAAGCCUUCAGAUUCCGAGAGUAAAGUUAAAAGUAAACCCUCUUUGCAGAUGCAAGCAUAGAAUAUAUUGAAUCAAGAUUAUUAAUAUGAUCGUUAAAAGUCAAACGAACAAUUAAAGGAGAUUUAGCAAUAAUAAUAAUAGCAGCCUUAUUAUUAAUAAUAAUAGAUGAUUGGAUCACCAUAUCUUAAUAAUAAUGCCUAUCAAUAAUUAUAGUAAUACCCUCAAUAACAAAUGUUUUAUUAGUACUAAAUUUAAUAGCCUCAGUCAUUUUAGUAAUAAGCUCCUUUUCUAUAUCAAUAACAACCUAAUCCAAUUUAUCAACAACAACCUAACCAACUCUAUCAACAACAAUAAUAACAGAAUCAGUUAUUCUUACAAUAAAACUUAUUAACUUAAUAACCAUAGUAACAAUUCUAAAAUCAUGAUUAAAAUCCAUAUUAUUCAAAUCAAGUACACACGCCCUAGCAUAAUCCAUAAAAACCUCUUUCAUAUCUUUAGGUUCCUUAAGUGAUCCUUCCAAAUAUUGAUGAGGAAGAUAAACCCUAAGAUGAAUCUGAGAUUAUUAAUUCAAGCGAUUUAACUCUUUCUUAAUUUAUGAUGGGGGAUUAGAACAAAGAAAAAUUUAAACAAGUAGAUCUUAUCCAUGAAAUUGUCAAAGAUCACAAUAAAGUUUAAUCAGUCCUGACUUAAAGAAUUAAUUAUAUGAAACCUAUACUUCAUUGGUGGAGUAAUAACAAUCUUAAAUCUGCUAUGAAUGCUAUCACUCAGUAAAAUUUGUAUUUUAUAUUAGAGUAACAGAACCAUCCAUUUUACAAGAUGCAUUGUCUCUCUAUUCCCAAUCAUCCAAAUUUGGACAAGUCCCUAUGGAUUCUAUCCCCAUGUUAUUGGAAAAAGCCAGAAUUCUGAUUGAGUCAAAGUACACUAACCAUAUAAGGGGAGGACUUGAUUUUGCUUGGACAACAUUAAAUCAAUUUCGAGAUGUAAUUCUAUUAUCAACUAUCUCAGGAAAUCCUUAAUAUCAAACUAUUCAAUUAACUAUCAAAGGCAGAUUUAACAAGGGAAGAAAGGAUUCAAAAAUAUGAUAGAGUGAUUGAACAAUUUAAAAUUAUAGUUUAAACACCAAAAUUACAAAAAGUAAUCGAUAGAAACAAAGAAGAUCUCUCAGACUUGGCUAAGAAAUUUUAAAUUGAAGUAGUUGGAUUUCUCAAAAAAGUGAAUCAGAAUUAAAUGCAAAAUUGA